UAGUACUCUAAAUACGUCGCUAUAGAAUAGAGUAACAAAAACCUUUUUAGUGAGAGAAAGUCGUCCCCAAAACUGCGAAACUGCGAGAACACAUUAAAAAUCGCCAUGGAAGGAGCUUCAUCUUCUUCUCGCAAGCGUCCUUUCUUAGAUGAAGAAGACGAUUCCAGCAAAAAAUCGCAAAAAAGAGUUAGAUUUCCGAAAGGUAAGAAAGUGAAGGCAAGCGAAGCACCUGAGCCGGUGGCAGCGAAGGAGAAGGAUGAAGAGGCUGCUCCUGCUGAUCUUUCGGAUCCUCGUAUCGCUGCAAAAGAGCGAGCCAGACGUAGGAGCCAGAUGACUACUCAACUUUUCACUGAGGAUGGUGAGGUCGAGUUGUCUCGCAUUAAUUCUGCUGAAGUCCAAUAUCAGGAGAAUGGAACUUUUGUUGAUGAUGGUAUCCAAAUUGAGCCAUUUAAUUUGACAAGAGAAAGAGAAGAAGGUUAUUUUGAUGAUGCAGGGAACUUUGUGGAGUAUGUACCUGAAAAGGAAGAUAAGGAUGCGUGGCUUGAUAGUGUUGAAGUGGAUCCAAGUCUUGCUAAUAAAGUCUCCACUAUUCCCAAAAAUGAUGAUGAAGAGAAGGACCUGUCCUCUGAUGAUAUAGGAAAAAUAAAGCGUCGCAUAGCCAAUGCUCUUGAGCUUGGCGAAACGGUGUUGCAAGCACUUAAGAGAUUGAAAGGCUCAAACGACAAGAAAGUGAAGAUGUCAGCAGAAACAAAGAGUGUUUUUGACCAACUUACGGAAGAUGCCAUGAGGCUGAUGGAUAAUGGCGAUUAUAAUGUAUAUCAUGAAGAGCGAGAGGUAUUUGAACGUGAGGCAGAAGGAUAUGAGGCCCUUGCUCGAGCAAGAAAUAAUGUUGUAUCUGGAAAUGAUGAUGAUGAUGCAAUGGACAUGUUUGCUGAUGAAGAUCAAGAUGUGAUUGCAAAAUCUGAGCAGAAUAAUGGCACCUUUAUAUCUACUGCAAGCACAAGUAGCCAGUUGGCUGUGGAAAACGGAGGACAGGAUUCAGGAAGUUCUUGGGCUGGGCAAAGUGACUAUGUAUAUGAUGAAUCAUCUGGUUACUAUUACAGCAGCAAUUUAGGAUAUUAUUAUGAUCCCUCAACAACAUUGUUUUGCUGUGCGUCAUCAGGACAAUGGUACAAAUACAAUGAGGCUACUGGAAAUUAUGAUGUUGUUUCAGAGACUGAAGCUCCAUCAAACGCCAGUUAACGACUUUGGUUUGCACUGGUGGUUGAAUCAACAAUCUAUUGGGUUGCUCAGGUGAUUGAAACUAUAAUCUAUGGAGUCUUUAUGAGCAAAUUGGCUUGUCACAUGUUGAAGUCAGUUAUACUCAUACAGGUACAAGUUUAAAUAUGUGAAACUUCUGUUUUCAGCAUGAGAUUUUCUGAUAGGUUUUACUUAGAGCCCAGUUUCGAGAAUGAUAUUACCUUGACGUUCAUCUGCCAUAUAUAUAUAUAUAUAUAUAUAUAUAUAUAUAUAUAUAUAUAUAUAUUAUAUAAUAUAUAUAUAGGAAUGUAAAAGAUUGCUGAUAUCUUUUGUAGGCUGUCUAGAUACAACCAAAUUCUGCACCUUGUUUUUCCUGAAUUUGAAGUUUAGUCAUGUAGAUUAGUAGUUCUGUAGAUGUAGAUGUUUAAUUUGUUCAUACAAGAUACUUCUUGAUGUAGCAAGUAAUUACUAAUUAGAAGUACGCUUUUUCUAAUGAGUACUUACGAGCAUCAUAUAUAGUUUUGUACCUUUCU